AUGUCCGCGCAGUCACUUAGCCCGUGGCUAGCAGACUUUAUUCAAGAAGAAAUCAAUCAAGUUCUUGCGUGGCAGGAUAAUUUGAAGAACGGCAUCAAGGUUGAAAAUGACCAUCUAGAGAACUUCCCAUACAAACAUGAUGGCAGCAAUUUCAGGAGUUUCAUUUCGCAACCUGCCCCUGGCAAGAGUGAAGUGCAACUGAUCGAAGUUCUCAGCUCACCCGAUGCUACGGGGGUCAAGGUAGUGGUUUCUGAUGGCCACACGCAAUUGAAAGCCCGAUUGUUGGGCAGUGCAGUCGACAUAUUGGAAGCUGAAUUGGAUGAGAAACUUGGGAAGGAUACGACGAAUGAUGUCUUUCGUCUCAAGCGAUUUGUGGUUGUCUUUACUGCGGUUGGAUCCGAGACCGAGUGGAUACAAUUGACCAUUGAAGAUAUCGAAUAUCUCUACCACAGGCGUAGAAACCUGGGUCAACCGACGCCUGUUGAACAGGACAGCAACAUCCGGCCCUUGAUCACGGAGAACGUAACCUCAUUACUCUUGUCCAGGGCAGAGGCCGAAGCCGAAGAGAUUGAAGAAGACUUGUUGUCACAGGAGUUGCAAGAUGACUCUGCGUCGGUCGCAAUUCCUCAAAGUUCGCCCCCACAGUUGCCAGUGUCUCAGCCGCCACAAGACAAUGCAGACGGGGAUUCAGCUCGCAAGAGGCGAAAACCUCAGCACACUCUCGACGGGGAUGGUUUCGAAUUCCAGACUGGUGUGAAUCUUGAAGGCCCUGUCAAAGCUCAGCGGAGAAAGGAAGUCGACCUCCUUAGCCUGAUGCGUAAGGAUCAACCCCGGCCUGAAAUAGUGGCAGAGACGCCAGUCAAGCCUUCUGGUCAGAAUGGGGACAUUCGUGGAAAGGGAGUAUUCGCCGAGAGGGCCGACAAUGAAUCGCAAUCAGUGGCAUGCUCGCCGGAAUCAAUGGAACUCGAUGUCAGUCCUCCGCGACCAGUAGCUUCGCAUCAAACCCGUGGACAGUCUCAGGCUCCACGAUCUGGCGCCUCGCAAGCCGAUGCUCCUCACUCUAAUCAGCGCUCCGAAGUCUUGCAGACCGGGUCUCUGCGGCCAAGCAUUUCGCGACUCAGCCCUGAGCGACAUGGCUACCCGCGGCCUCCCAGUCCCGUGGCUGUCAAGAAACCAAGCCAACCCAAGGUUACGCGCUCCACCCAGGCCAAAUCCCGCGUUCCAUAUGGACGCCGCAAAAUACCCUCAAACCAACGAGCGCUACUUGACAAGGAGACAUCAUGGCUCCCCUCUCUUCCAGGUCGCCGCUUCCCAAAGCCAAAUAUUCCCAUCGAGCUGCUCACGAAGUGGAAUGAAGACAUAUCUCCAUCACAAAACUCAGUUCCAGCUUCUGGCUGUGAGCAAGCGACCCCGAACCGAGAGUCGCGCUCGUCAGGUGCUACCAAAGGCGGCGUUCCCCAACAGGAAGAAUCCUCAUCAGAAUCAUCCUCCGAGUCCAGCGAUGGUGCCGAUAAAGAGGUCUCGGAAUCGGAAUGGCCCGCCAGUUCGCCGCAAGCUCCUCCACAACCUCGUCCAGAUCUUCCUCCGGACAGCUCCCUCGGCGAUGGGGAUUUGUUCGUCGAACCGCCCAGACCUUUGGAGCGUCACAAGCCUACUCAAAGAGCGAUGGCCCGUCCGCAGGCAACGCCGCGUCACCCGCUACCCAAUCGACCCGCGGGACCACUACCAGAACAUKGUGAUGCAGUUCGAAGCCAGCAUCAUUCUCCAUCCAUGAUACCAUUUCAGCGUGUGCAACCUCAGGAACAACCCUCUCUCCGACUGCAACAAUAUUCAAGAGAACCAUCAGAUGUAUCUAGUCCGGCCGACGGGAGGAACGACGCUGCGAGGUCAGGAUCAUCCACCUUUAACCGCGAUUCCAUGUCACCUGGCGCGCAACAAAGCGAACCCCGUGCUAGCAGUAGUUCGUCGGCCCACAGGAACAACGCACAAACUUCCGCUUCAGCCAGGUCCAGCUUCUCCACAACACUCCCUGGCCUGAAUCUCUCGAAACAACCAGUGGAGAACAUCCAUCCCGCACAUCCCAUACCACGCCUCGCGGCCCCUUGCCUCCUAGAGAAUUCGGUCGACAAUCAAAAAGAGCAUGGCAGGAAGGUUAUCGUAAGCAGGAAGAAAGGCUGA